AUGGCCCCACCAACCGAGGAUCAGCUAACAAAGGUAUCAACUGAAGCUGCGACAAACUUUGUCAGGACAUUCUAUCCCGCACUUCAGUCUAAUCGAGACUCCAUCAGCUCAUUUUACUCCGAAACGCCGGCCAAAAUCCUCUUCAAUGGCAAUACAGUAGCGGAUGGCAAGGCAGUCCAAGACAUUUUCACCAACCAAAUGCCUGUAUCAUACUACGAGGUUCAGUCCUUCGAUUGCCAAAUCAUCAACCGGUCGUACCCUACUCCUACGCCGACAGGUCCUAAGCAGCCCGACCAGAGGACCGUCAAGGACAUGUCGAUUCUCGUUGUUGUGAGUGGGAGUGUGCGAUACGGCGACCGCGACCCGGCCAAGCCUCAGCGAGGCUUCAGCGAGACAUUUGUCCUUGUCCCCAACGCUACCGGUGGAGACCACGGGAAAGGCCGUCGUUCCGAAUACCUGAUUGAGGAUCAGAACUUCCGUCUUGUUGUCUAA